AUGCAGAAUCGUGCUCACGCAGAUGUGCGUAAGCAGAAUACCGCCCAAGCAGACAUGCGUACGCAGGACAGUGCCCAAGCUGAUGUGCGUACGCGGAACCGCGCCCGAGCAAACGUGCAUUUGCAGAGGGUCCUGCGGGACAUCACUGUGCCUUUGGCCGAGAACCUCUCCACUUACGGCGGAAGCGACCUGGAGUGCCUGAUUGAGAGCGUCAAUCAAGGAUGGACACUCUCCCCGUUCAUCACUGUCGAACUAUUUCGGCUGUCGAAUGCGAGAAACCCUCAUUCCUCGUCUCGCGCGAUCAUCGACUCGUCGGAAUUUUCUGUCACUUCACAAGGAUUUGAUCGUCCAUGGAGUUUUAGUGUCAUCCACUCCCGCAGUUAUAUCGACCCUGUUCUGGCGGCCGCUAAGCAGGACGAGGAACCGGGCAAUUCGAGCGAACGAAUGCCAACUCCCCAGACGCUCCGUUCACGGCCUCGGCAUCAGCAGAGAAGGCGAGGUGGUCUCAGCGCUGGGAUUCGCGCAACUCUGCAGACAACGCUUACCUCUCACGAUGUCAACGCCAAACCGCUCGCUGCCCGGCUGGGUGAACCCGAGCGCCCUUCGUUGUUGAGUGGGUCCGCAGCCGCGCCCCAGUCACCUCCACCAUCUGGCUCGAGCCACCCUGGAGCAAUUCGGUCUAUCCUGUUCACCGAUCAUGAGCAGUUCCAAGCUCUAUCGCCCGAGAUUCAGCCGAAGGUCUUGGCGGCAUGCGCGUGGCUCUUGCUCUCUGAGGAAACACAGGGAAGACUCAAUCUGAAGCGACGCGCAAAGCAGGCCGAAGUUCACGCAAGGCAAGCCGAGACUAGCGGGUUGGCCACGGCCGUACGUUCAAUGGAGGAUGGCGACAGGAAGGCUAUUGAAUUCCUGCAGAGCGUUUUGCUGAGUGAUGACGACGAGCGCGACUGA